CGACAUCACGGACCCAGCGGGACAUCAUCGCUGCCUCCUGAACAUUGGAUCGAGUCGGAGCUGACAGCAUCAUCAAUUUUCGGAGUUCGGGCACCAGUUCACGGUCGUUGCUGCAUCUCCAUCAUGUCUCAAUCAUUGCGCCCUUAUCUUCAAUGUGUCCGGUCCUCCCUUACCGCCGCACUUACAGUGUCGAACUUCGCUUCCCAGACCUCCGAACGUCAUAACGUACCCGAGAUCGAGGCCCAGACCUCCCCGGAACUCAUCCUCAAUCCCCUCACAGUUUCGCGAAACGAGAACGAGAAGGUCUUUAUCGAACCUAGUGUGAACAGUGUCCGUGUCAGCGUUCGGAUCAAACAAGCAGAUGAGAUCGAGCAUAUCUUGGUCCACAAGUUUACUCGGUUCUUGACGCAGCGUGCUGAAUCGUUCUUCAUCUUGCGAAGGAAGCCAGUGAAGGGAUACGACAUCUCAUUCUUGAUCACGAACUUCCAUACGGAACAACUCCUGAAGCACCAAUUAGUGGAGUUCAUAAUCCAGUUCUUGGAGGAAGUGGAUAAGGAGAUUUCGGAGAUGAAGUUAUUCUUGAACGCUCGUGCUCGAUUCGUUGCUGAGUCGUUCUUGACACCGUUUGAUUAAGCUGUUUUUCUAUGUUACCCGUUCGACCUACAAAUAUUACAUGAACUUUAUUAUCUUGUCAUCCAAUAGCGACUAUUGUAUAGGCGAUCUAGGCUGGUUCCAGAGAUAGUUCCCCUUACUUGCUUUACGCUGUCUUCCUUAGACACUCAUACCUUGGUGCUAUAGUGAGGUUGUCCAUUGCACCUACUCGAUAACAAUAAAUUCUAGCAGCCACAGGUUGUGUCCGACUUUCAAAUGACGUCUCAAACACAUGUAGAGGGCUACUUAUACCCUACCCAAAGCAUCCAUGAUUCUUGUCUCUCUGGCCAAUACCAUCGCCACUCUAGCUCCUUGCAACUGAAAAUAAAGCCUGCCCUUGAUCACGAAAUACUGGCAAUGGUCUAGGAGGUUCGUGGUGACGGACUCACCUAACAUACAACUGCCCAAGCAUUGUACUGCAUACAAACAUUUUCAAUGAUUGAUUGUUUGAACGGGGCCAACGCAAGUGUUCUCAGCUUCCAUUGGCUACCAAAUCGCAGCUGGUGCGUUUCUACAAUAGCACCAAUUCUGGCGCAUUGACUGUACAAUCACCUUGCGCUCUCUGCCUGUGCAUCAUCACUAUCAACUCACCCUCUCGCCCAAUCGUUUCAGCUGAUUUGUGGUUCUUCUACAGCUGAUUUCACUCUCCACUAAUUCAGUGAAUUUACUCUCACACAGAAGCCCUUGCUCAAUGAAGGACCAGUGAAUAUGAGCAUCAUCUGGACACUUCCCAAAAAUGCUUAGGAGAAAUCCUCAGUCUAAGGACUCUUUCACUUUAAAAAGGAACUCCCCUGAGACAAGAUCUCUUCCUGUUACUUCCCCUCUGCAAUCCCUCAACGCCUGUCA